GAAAUAUCGUUUUGGCGCACGCGGAAGUAGCUCUAAUCAAUUUCCUUUUCCUAAAAAUUUUCAAAUAAUAUUUAUGUAAACUUUAGAAACAAGUUUUCCGUGUGUACAAUUUGUUUUUUAUAUUGUCAGCAUAUUCGUUGUAAAUUUCAUAGCAUAUAGUGUGACGGUGACGUUAUUUUGAUUAAUUACAAAUAUGGAAGUUACUGAUAUAAACGAUUUGUUAAAUGUUCGAGCUAUAAAGAUGGAAAAUGGUGAAAAUAGUUAUACAGAGGACACGGAGUGUGUUGAAACGUCCGACCCCCUGUCGGUUAUACCACAAUACGUCACAGAAUCAGAUCUAGGUCUCAUGCAAACCGGCACAGAAAUACUUGAAGCACCAUUAACAGUAUUCACAGAUACUCCCGAUGAAGAGGAUACAAUACAGAGCAAUGAUUCCAGCGAGGAAAUAAUAGAAGUGGUACAGCUCAUGGAUAUACGUACGAGGCUUUCACAUUUGAGAUCGAUGCUGGAAAGAAGAUUGAACACUGAUCUAUCAGACUAUACAUUCUGGUUGCAAGAUGCUAAAAUGUUGGAAAAUCACAAAACUUUAGUCGAACAAUGCAUACGUGGCACUGGUGUGGUUCAGGUAAAUAUACAAAUACGUGCCUUCCAGAAGAAAAUAAAUAUAAUGGACGUCCUCAAACCCGAUGAAGAGCUGUUACAACUACCGCAAGAAGAGGAAUGUAAGUUAUUAUUUUAUUAGUCACAAUGGUGUAAUAAAAUACGUGACUGAUUGAUGACUGUGAAAGAAAGAGAUGGAGAAGGAAAGGCAUCAGAGCCUCAAGCUGAGGUGAUUCAACCCCACGCAGCGGCGGUUAAAUGGGUCGUUGAUGCGAAUUUCCGCAAUGACCACAGCCGAGCAAGAAUACCAGAUGAUCCAGCUGAGUGGUCGGUUCAACAUGUGAAACUGUGGAUUCAAUGGGCGGUACGUCAGUUCAAUCUCCGCGGGGUAAAGUUGUCGGACUGGGCGAUACCGGGAUCGGAAUUAUGCUGUCUUUCGAACUUGUAUUUCAAAGAAAAAGUGCCAUCCGAUCCUGGGGACCUAUUUUGGACACACUUCGAAUUACUUAGGAAAUGUAAAUUUAUAGCCGUCGUUCAGAACGAUGAACAGCCAACAACAGUCAAAGACGUUCUAGACAUGCCGCAGUCCGCAAUCAAGAAGAAACCCAAACAGUUAAUAAUCCAACCGUCAAACGACGAAGAUACCUGCCCGUACGUCACGUCAAGGAACGGCAACAAUGGUCAGAUACAGCUGUGGCAAUUUCUACUGGAGUUGCUGACAAGUGCGGAAUACUUUGACGUCAUUCGAUGGCAUGGUACGGAAGGUGAAUUCAAACUCCUAGAACCGGAGAGGGUAGCUCGUCUUUGGGGAAAGCGUAAGCAUAAACCAGCCAUGAACUAUGAGAAGCUUUCGAGAGCUUUACGGUACUAUUAUGAUGGAGAUAUGAUAGCAAAAGUCGCGGGCAAGAGAUUCGUGUACAAAUUUGUAUGCGACUUACGACAGUUAUUGGGUUACGGGGCGGGUGAGCUCGCGGAGUUGGUUAAAGAGGUGUACGACGCUAAAUUGACUGAAGAAAAUAUUAAUAUAACAUAGAUAUAAUUACAUAAGAAUUAUAAAUAACAUUAUAUGUAAAUAUUUAUAUGGAUGUAAAAAAAAAGUUUACCAUAACAAGGCAUAUUAAACAGCAUCAACAGACCUAUUAGAUAACGUUAGGUUACGUUCAACAGCUCUGAAUUAGGUAGAAAGUCCAAAAAGUUAGUAUUAAUUGUAUACAUAUACCUAAACUGAACAAUAAAAAAUUAGCUAUAUACUAAAUAAUCAGUUUUAUGUUCUAUGAUGUAAUAGAUAUAGGCUUUGGCCCAAAGUAUACGGCACUCUACAACUUUCUGAAUAUUUGAAGUUUACAGAAAAAUAAAACUACUUUAGAUGACAUGAUAAAAAAUAAUG